AAUUGUUUUGGAUUAAAAAAAAAGAAAUUCGAUUUUUUAAUAAUUUGUGUUCAAACUUAUUUGUACUCCCAUCUCUGCUUCUCUAAAACGCAUAAAAUUGCAUGUCAGUCAAAAUCGUUUGUUUUCAUAACUAAAAAGGAUAUAAUGCAUUUCAAGUGUAACAACGAUGUCGAAUUAAUUAAAAACUACUCAAACAUGCACAGACUUGUUUGUCUUGCAAACAAAAGGACCCUCAUUUCAAACGAAGACCACAGUAGCACUUUAAAGUCGUAACAAAUUGAAUCUAUUUUCAAGAAUUCUUUUCGAAUAAAAUGAGCAGCCCACCAAAACCCCCAGCUGGAGGAGGAGAAGCCUGGACGGACCAAGGGAAAAAGAAUUCUCGCAGGAUAACUGCAUGCAGUCUCAUCGUAGAUGGCUUUGAUUAUUUUAAGCUAUAUUUGGCCACUUGCUGUAACCAUUGUUAUGUGUAUUUGGUUAAGAAUGGCCUGACAUGGCUCGAAAGGAUUUUCUGGUUUAUUCUCAUUGCCAUAUCGCAUUAUGCCUCGAUUUAUAUUGCCAUGCAAUCGAUUGAUAGGUUCUUGACUAAAAAUGCCUACAUGGGCAUUGAACGUGACUAUUUCAGCUGGAAUACAUCGUUGCCGAGCUUGACCAUAUGUCCGAUGGAGCGUUUAGAUCGGGAGCUGUUUAAUGCAUAUUGUCAAUCUCAUUACAUUACCGGCAAAAAUCAAGAUGAUCUCUGGGAUCUGCUGGAACAUUUGGCCAAUUCGACAUAUAUGAAUUUCGACGACAUCCCCAAUCAUAGUAGCCUGGAACGUACCCUAGAUAAGCUGCAAUUGAAACCGAAUAAAUAUAUGGAAUUAAUCUACAAUCUAACGGUGGAUCAUACCCUUAACCCGGUGGAUAAGUUGAGGAUACGAUGCAUCGACAAUGAUGAAUAUAUCCAUUCGAGGCAAGUUCUUACCGAAUAUGGUCUGUGCUAUUUGACAAAUAAUAACAUCGAUGAUCGUUAUUCGUCGAAAUAUUUGUUGUUCGGUGAAAUGCCAGAACCCAAUGAAUAUGAAAUUAAACAUAAUGUGCGAAGAAUUCAAACCGGCUCGUAUCCGGAUAAAUAUAUUGAUUUCAAUUUCAUUGGUUUCCAGUCGCCAAUUGAUGUCUACGCCCACAGCUCGUAUGAGGUCAUGAAAGUGGACAAUAACUAUGGCUAUACCACGGAGAAUCUUUACUAUGAACCCUUUUCGCCGGAAAUUACCACAGAUCAUAAUUUCGAAACAGGAGCCAGUGUCCGCCAGCGAAAUUGCCGUUUUAGCCAUGAGUCCAAUCUCACCCAUUUUCCGGUCUAUACGAAAAAUCUUUGCCUACAAGAGUGCCGUUUGAAUUUGGUCUACAAGGUUUGCAAGUGUAUACCACACUUCUAUCCCAAUCGACUUCGAAACCCCAAACCCGUUUGUGAUUACAAAACCCUCAGAGAAUGUAUGCCGCAACAUGAGUCCUAUUUCCUGAAAUUAUAUCGCGAACGACCCAACAGCAAUAAAUUGGAUAUGGCCCCAUGCUACUGUGAGCAGAAUUGCGUGGGUUCGGUGUUGAGUCUCAAAGUUUCGUUAUACACCCGCUCGAAACAACUCUAUGGCAGUUAUGGUGCAACAAUGACAGAAAAGGAAUGGCCCACGGUGCGCUAUAAAAGGGAGAUUUAUUUGACAUUUACGGAUUUAAUGGUUAACAUCGGUGGCUCGGCUGGAUUUUUCCUGGGAUUCAGUGUCUUGGGCGCCAUUGAGAUUUUCUAUUUUUUCACCAUGCGUCUGCUGUUCCAUUUGUUUGGCUAUAAAUUAUAAUUCCAUUUUAUAUUGAAGUUGAAAACUAAUAGCACUUUCUUCAGUAAUAAAUUUCUCUUUUUUAUCCAUAAUAAGUAAAAAAGCUGUAAGUCGGGCCGGGUCGAACUUUGAAUCCCCUCCACCA